AUGGAUGAAACACACAAGCUCGCUUCCACGGAGAGGACCCAGCUGUUGGAGAAAGAACUGGCUGUGCGGCUGGCCGAACUGAAGUCUGAGUUAGAAGGGCAGGGGCCUUUCUGGGGAACAUCUAACAGAACUUACAGCUCUGUUCAGAUACCGAAAGACAUUUCUUACUUUAGAAGAGAACGGGAACUGGCACUCCAGAGAACCUUACAGGUGGCCACGGCGAAGCCCCUUGUUAUUCAGGCAGAUGUCCUGCAGAGGGAGUUAGAGAGCUGCCUAAGAAGAGAGUACACUCCGGAAAACCUACCUUUGCUUCUAUUGCAGCAUUACACAGAGAGAACUGCCCAGCUGGUUCAGAGCAAACACCUCCACGUGCUCAGGUGGAAGAGGUUUUGCCGGCACAGUCAGCCCAUGGAGCAGCUUUAUCCUCUUUACAAGAAACAAGUCGGCUACAUCAUGCAGGAGUGCAGUGAUGCUGCUCAGAGAGCUGAAAGAUUGUCUGUGGCUCGAGAAAACUUCCUGAUGGGAAAAACCAACCCUCCUGAGUUAGUAACCCUGGAAGACCUAACCAUCUACACCAAGUGGCUCGUGUGUCACCUGCACUCUCUCCGGACAGUCCACCGCUACCUGCAGGCCCUCCAGAAUCUGCCCAUCUCCAAAGUGCUGAGUGACACUGCAAACCAAGCCCCUGAAAACAAGAAGGUCAAUGUCAAUGACAUCAACCCCGAUGUCCAGGGUUAUGCAUCUCCUGGCGCUGUGGAUACCAGCAUUGCAGGUUCAAGGAGAGCAGAGGCUGCUUGCAUCCUGCCCCAACACACAGCAGAAGCAGGAGACCUGAAGCCUCAACUGAGGUCCCUCCUCUCCCAUUUCCACAUCCCGUACGACGUUGAAGAGCUCAGGGACGCUGCAAAGGAGAUGCAGCUGUUUUUCUUGGUUUCCCAGAAAUUUCAAAGCAUCUUCAUGGAGCAACAGAAGAUGCAGACGUUUCCCGACUAUGAAGCUCGGAAGGCAACUGCAGAGAAUCUGGGUCUGGCAGGACCUCCUUCAGCCCUGAAAAAGAGAGCCAACUGGAUUCCCUUUAUAAAGAUCAAGCCAAAAUGUGAUCCCUGGCAAAAGAAACUUCUGAUCAAACUAAAAGAACGGAGAAGAAUAGAUGCAUUGAUGCAACUGCAAGCCAAGUUUUUGAAGAUUUCCGACCCCGAGCGAGUAAUGCAAGCGCUUCGCGAUCACGCUGCAAAGACAGCCACGCUGGCGCCACGUCAUCACCCGUCUUUCGUGACUGCCCAGGGUGUGCCUCAGCGCAGCUAUGACCAGAUCUGGGAGAAUAUUUACAGCAACGUCCAGCUCUACCAGGUGAGCUUUUUGAACCGCUUUGAGAUGCAAGGUCUGUGUUAUCUUUCUCCUGCCUGCUCAAGGUACAACUACGCAAUGACCCUACAACUGCUGGGCCUGGAUGAUGAGGGGGCUGAGCCCAGUGCACGGGAUCCUGUCCUGAUGAGAGGGGCCUACUUGUCCUUUCUAUAUCUACGCCACCUGCGGAUCAGGGAGCUGCAGCGCAUCUGCUUGGGAAUUCUGAACUAUUUCAGAUCCAUGGAGCGAACCUUGACCAUCAACUCUUCAGGCCUCACUGUGGUUUCAGGGGACAUGGUCCCCACCAUGGAAGACAGUUGCUGGGCAAACGUGGCCAAAGAAGGCCGCCGGACGGCAGAAGGAGAAGGAACGUGGCACCUGCUUGAGACACCUGCAUUCCAUAUCAAAGCCCACGGCACCGGAUUCGUGGAGUUCUCCGAAGUGGAGGAGCAGGAUGACUGUUACAGCACGGCUGCUGGCUGCAUCCACAGCCAGGACCAGCACGGGGUGUACAUCAUGUAUGACGUAGCCCUGAGUGACCUGCAGGGGCUGGAGGCUGAGCUGCUGCUUGUGGCCAGCCAUUACAUCCAGAAAGAAAAAGGUCACAGAGAGGGCAGUGAGGUGGAAAGCGGCCAGCACUGGGGAUGGGCCCACGCGGGUGUGGACAGGUUUGCAGUGCUGUAUCACCUGUGGACUUGGGAAGCCACUCUUCUGGAAAACAAGCGCCAGCUUCUUGAUAGCUACUUCGAAGCCUACCAGCACACGCUGGAUCCUCAAGAGAGGUUGGCCUUAGCUCAAGUGAUGACUGACGUCAUGUACCGGCGCCCCAGGUUCGAUCUCGGCCACCCAUACUUCAUUAAGGCCUACCAAGAGGAAUGCACCUGCCUGAGGCUGCACCUGCAGCUAGUGCGGCACAUCCUCCACCAGCAGAUAGAGUGUCAGCGGGAAUAUGUCCAGAGGCUUUGGCGAGAAGAUCAUCUCGAUGUUGAUGAUAGGAAUAAAUUCGGCCUUCCCCUCAACAUCAUUUGCAAACAAUUGAUUUCCAUCAACAACAGCUGCCCAGCUUUGGAAGACAUUUAUCUACUGGAGUUCCAUCCUUCUCUUGGCCUGGCUGCACUCAUCCCCAAAGCCCUGGACCACCUCCUCCAGGAAGCCUGCCGGGUCUCUAGACCCACAACAGCCAGCGGCCUUGCCCUGCUGGAGCGACGCAUCCUGCGGCUGGCCCUGGACCUGUGCUUCGCCCCGACCCAGCCCGAGACCUGGUACAGUGCGCGGCUCCAGACAGAGCUGUUUUCGGCUAAAGUGAUGGGAGAUCCCUUUCUCGUGGAAGAGAUAGGCCUGCUGGCUCUCCAGUCUGCAGCAGCAGCAGGACAAGAACAAGGGCCGGGGCCUCCUGUGCUGCCCCUGGACACGUUCGCCAGACUCCUGGAGCUCUUGACCCUCCGCCACCGGCUGAUCGAAGCGAGUCUGCAGAGUGCGCACUUAGCUCGGCUCUAUAAGGAGUUGGCACAGGAGAUGGGGUUUGAAGAGUUCCAUUUGCACCUGAGGCCUGUUCCCUUUGAGUUUGCAACACACAAGGAUGAGGUGGACGGAUCACCGCCUGCCUUUGUAACUUCCCUGUUGGAGGACGCUGGCCAGGUGGACAGGUAUUCUCCUACUGCUCUCGUCUUAGCCAUCUCCGAAGUGGAUGACAACCAAAUCGGCAAAUUUAGUUUUUAUACGAAGGAAGCCAUCCUUAAGCUCCUGUUCCAUUCCGGAGUGGAGAAUAUGCAGGUGACCCUGGCAUGCCAGGUUGCUCAGAAAAAUGCCCUGAUGGUGGCUGUCCGGCAGGCAUUCUAUCACACUCCUCGAGGGGACUGCGCUGCUGAGGCCAAGGAAAUAAGUUCAGAUCCGAGGAAUCCUGGAAGAAGAAAUUCCAGAAUUGUCAGUGGCACGGAGAGUUUGUUGGUAUCCCCAACCCCAAAAGCCCCAGACGUACUCGCUCAUUCUUCAGAGAGAUUUCAGGCUUCCAAAAGAGCUGCGGAGGCCUUUGUGUCGAUUCAGCUGGAAAAGGCAGGGCUACGGGACCUGAUGCUGAAUGACUUCCUCCUCAGGAAACGGGCCCUGGCCGACAGGAUGGAGAGCCCCGAUGAAAUUGGAAAAGUCAAGAGGGACGUGAUAGUCGACUAUUGUCAGAAGUUUAACCGCCACAUGUGUCACCACGCUCUCCGGGGCCAGAUCGUGGCCUACUACAGCAGCCUGAGGGCGCUGCUGGAAGAUUUCCCUACCGUCAGGGAUACCUUUUUCAUGGUGGGUCGAGCACAGGAGAAGAAGGGGCCGAGGGACUCCGAGGAGGGCCUCCAGGCCGACCCCAGCAGGAGCUUCCAGCCCCGGCCUCGGUGUUUGCUGUCCCCUGAUGGAAAAGUCUUCCUCAACUUGUGGUUCCUACCCCACCCUUCCGAAGUGUUGGCGAUGUUCAGAACUCUGCCAGAAAAGGCAGCGUUCAGAGCCUUACAGCUCACUCUGCGGCUGGUGGCGCCUCUGCAUGACAUUGUGGCCUACCUUCUCAGCUUUGCGAAACUGGGCAACGGCCCAGCAUCUUUUGAGUGUCCUCUGAGCCCAAGCGCUUGGAGGGGUGACUGGGGAGGAACAGAGGGCAUUGGGUCCGAGCUGCGAGAGCUGCAGAAAAUGCUUGACAACCUCCAGAGCCCCCGGGACCCCGGCCAGGUUUCCCAGGCCCUGCUCCUCCACAGGGAGAUUCUGUUGCUGCAGUUCGACAUGGCCGUGCGGCACCGCAUCAGAAACACAUUUUUGGCAGCUGGAAAUGUUCAUGCCUACCAAUCCGUCACCGCUGGCAUGUGCCAUGGGCUGCCACCCCUGAGCAGCUGUCUCACGAAGAGCAUCUUUGCUUCGCAGCUCGGUGUGCCCCCGCCACUGGAUCCACGGAGCCUGCAGGCGUCUCUGCUGUUCCCGUGGAGAGCGCUGCUGGAGGACGGAGGACCGUUUCCUGUUACGAGCAGCAGCCCGGAUAGCCUAGACCACAGCAUGCAGCUGUGCCUCUGUAGGCUGAGUGACCGUGACCGCAAGGUGGCUCGUGGAGAGCUGGUGGCCGUGCAACUGCUCAUGGAAGACGUGCUUCUGAGCAGCGAUCCUGUGACCACGGGGGCUCCCCCCGGAUGGCAAGCCACCCCGGACAAAAAUUCACAGGUCAAUAAAGAUGGACUUCUGCAAUGCUUUCAGCCAAGUCGGUCUGGAGGAGCAGGAUCCAGAAGUCGGUUCCCAAGCAGCACCAAGACCGCCCUGCUGCUGGAGGGCCCACGCGAUGUCCUCGUGUCCCUGGCUUUGCUGAGAUCAUUUCUGAUAGUGUGGAAGCAGCUGGAGGUGCUGAAGGAGCACUGGGGCCGACUCAAGCUGCGAGGCCGGGACGUCGACUCCAUCUCUGCCCACAAACAACUCUCGGAGCUCUACGAGACUGACAUUCUGUACCCCAGCAUGAAGGCCAUAGCUAGGCAGAUGGGGAAAGAAGAUGAAUUUGAGGGACUUACUGUAAAUUGUCAGUCAAUAUUUCCCCCUCAAGGGGCCUCAGAAAUGGAAAUAAAAACGCAGCAGCUCCAGAAACUUCUGGAAAAUGUUGAAAUUCACAUGAUCCAGGAGGUAUUAAGAAAAGUUAACAGAGAGAUGACACUGGUUUUAUCAGAAAAAUCCAGGAAAGAGUGUCCUCUCCCUACAGAUCUCUGGAAACACCAAGCCAUGAAAGAAAACAUUUCAGUCUCAAGACCACAAAUAGUUGAAAAAUUCAUCCAGAGAUUAAUGGAGAGCUACAAAGACGGUGACCACGAGAUCGCUUUCAGAAAGGACCAUCUCGAGGCCUGCCUCCUGUCCCUGGGCUGUGACGUGGUGGCGCGAGAACGCAGCAGUUUCGAGGCCUACUCCACGUGCUAUGAGCAGGUGCUGCAGCACGCAAGGCAGAGGCUGCGCCAGAAGGAACAGGAGUUAGAGGUCCUGCAGAGAGGACAAGGGCCACCCGAAGACGUCGCUACUCAGGUUGCAGAGCUUAGUCACGAUAUGAUCAUGGAAAUCACUGCUCUGAGAGCCCAACUCACGGCUUUGGAAGAGGAGAAUCUGAAUCUCAGAAACGAGAUCAGAAAAGAAGUCCAGGAAGAAUACGAAGCACUAGUCCAAGCUUUGUUUGUGACCUGUUUACACAUAAAAGAGAAGCUGGAUGAGAAUCAGCUUAAUUUGAUCCAGAGCGUGUACGAGCUCAUCGGCGAAGUGAGAACAGAAGGGAUCGCCACUAUGAAGGCCCUAAAGAAAAAGUGGGGCUCCGCCGGGUCGGACGAAGGAAUGAAAGAAAACACAGCCCAAGAGCAGCUGCUGGCCUCGGAGCAGGACAACUGCAGCCUGGCCGCCCUGGUGUGCAAAGCGAGGAGCCUGGGCCGCUGGAGGCUGAGCGCGCAGCAGGCGCACUUCCAGGGCCAGCUGAGGCGGGCAGAGAAGGAAUCUAUGCAAAGUAAGAAAGAGUGUUUGAGCAUCCGGCUGAUGGCAGAACAGGAAGUGGGUGUAUUUCGCCAACAGUUACUGGGUCUCAGGCGGGCCCUGGCCAGGGCUCACGAUGACAACGCGAGGAUGUGGAAGCAGCAGGACAAGCAGGCUCGAGCGCUGCAGGACCUGCAGAGCAAAGUGGCUCAGGAAGCGCUCCGCCGGCGGCAGCUGGACACCCUGAGAACCUGCAGUGUGGAGCAGCUCCUGGAAGACGUAGGGCACAAGGAGCAGCAACUACAGCUCCUUACCGAGGAGGCCCAGAGGACUCGGAGGCGGGGCCAGCUGCAGCAGAAGGAGAUGACGCGAGAACUCCGCCAGGUGAGGAGCCGGCUGGCCCGGGAGCGCAGCGCGAAGCUGAGCGCCUUCCAGCGCCUGGAGGAGCUGCAGAGUCAGCUCCAGGACGCCCCGCCCGGCUCCCCGCGAGGCCUUCUGUCCCAGGCUCACUGCUCCCUAAGUUCUGCUUCCACACCAUCCAGGCACUCCCAGCUCCACUUUUUAAAGACAAAUCUUAUGGACAGUACCCUAACAAGAAGGAUACAGCGGCCGAAGACUGUGCCUGUUAAACACAGAAAAAAGGAUUGA